GACGCUGGCUGGACCGUCGUGCACUGCGCCGCGGCGGAGGGCUGGCCCUCGGCGCUGGAGACGCUGCUGGAGGCCCUGCCGGUGGGCGUGCUGGAGAGGCCGGUGGAGGAGGGGGCCACGGCGCUGAUCCUGUGCGGGCAGUGGGGCAACCCACAGGCGGUGCCGCUCCUCGUGGAGCGCCGCGCGGACGUGGCGGCGCAGACGGCCAGCGGCGAGACGGCGCUCUGGAACCUGGCGUGCGAGCUCGACGCGGGUCACAGUGUGGGCGCCGCCAGGGCCGCGGCCAUCGCUCUCCUCGAGGCCCGGGCGGACGUCAACCAGGGCAACCAGAAUUCCUCGACGCCGCUGCACGUGGCCAAGAACGCCGCCCUCCUCAAGUUCCUCGGCUCCCGCGGCGCGACGGGAGGGGUGGGGCCGUGGGCCGGAGGCAGCAGCGGCCUCGACGCGAGGAG